AGACUGAAGAAUUACAGUUGGCCGGUCUGUUCAACGACUCUCUUCUUCGUAAUCUCCGCUAGCCUACGCAAGCCAGCAGCCCCUUGCCUAUCUGGCGCACGUUAGUAUCUAUAAACCAAAAAUACUCCCCCAACUCUCUCCCCGCUCCUUCAUGCGCUCUCUGCUCUUCCACCAUCACCUCCACUGCUCUCCCUGCCAUUGCCUCCGCUCUUCCAUCCUUCGGAAGCCUUCAAGCUUAGUCUCCGCCGCCAUGGCCUCUUCCCUCGCUCUCCCAGCAAUUUCCCCCAACCGCAUCUCCUUCGCCGCCUCCGAGGCUCUUAACGGCUGCUGCAGAAAUGGAGCUCGCGGAUUCGGAAUCAAGAACUUCGGUCGAUCUAGGGUUUUCAUGAGUGUUUCAGUUGGAUCACAGACUGUCGUCGACGACUCCUUGUUCGCUGAUUACAAGCCUUCUGCUGCUUUCCUGUUCCCUGGUCAGGAGAAAAUGGAGGAUGAGCCGGGAGCACAAGCUGUUGGAAUGGGGAAAGAAGCUCAAAGCGUAUCUGCUGCUGCAGAAUUGUACAAAAAGGCAAAUGACAUACUAGGAACUCUGUCUCAGUGGACCAAAGAGAAGCUGGACUCUACUGUUAUAAGCCAGCCUGCUAUAUAUGUCACUAGCCUGGCUGCAGUUGAGAUGCUCCGUGCUCGUGAUGGUGGCCAGCAAAUAAUUGAUGCAGUUGACGUCACUUGCGGACUCAGCUUGGGAGAAUACACUGCCCUAGCAUUUUCUGGAGCCUUCAGCUUUGAGGAUGGUCUCAAGCUGGUGAAGCUAAGGGGUGAAGCCAUGCAGUGCCAUGGUCAGUAUCAUUGGACUGGACUCGACAAAGUUCAACAGUUAUGUGAUGCAGCCAAUCAAGAAGUCGAUGAGACUGAGAAAGUUCAGAUAGCAAACUUCCUGUGCACUGGAAACUAUGCUGUGUCUGGAGGUGUGAAGGGGGUGGAAGCAGUUGAAGCGAAGGCCAAGUCAUUUAAAGCAAGGAUGACGGUGACUUCCCCUGUUCAAUGGGAAACCACUGUGAAGACUCUUCUAUCCAAAGGGCUGAAGAAGAGCUACGAAUUAGGCCCCGGAAAGGUUAUUGCUGGAAUAGUGAAGAGGAUGGAUAGAGGCGCUGAGAUUGAGAACAUUGGUGCAUGAUCAGCAAGCAAGAGUGCCCAAAUUUCGUGCAUAGUCUAUCCUAACAAUCAAGCCAAGAAUCGCGGAGCUGAGUCUUGGAAGUUCGUUCUUUAAAUCGGCGCCAUAACAUAAGUCCAGUUUGUAGUAAGAGAGAGAUAGAACUUCGAUGCAGCCAUUGUUCAUGUUUGUUACAGAAUGCUGGUAUGGUUCUAUGGUGUAUACUGGAACAAUAAUUUAUAUAUUGAUGCUAAGAUUGUAUUGACUGAGAUUGCGAGAACAGAAAACCAGAAAAUAAGAACAAUCCCUUUCAUGCUUCAAUCACACACUAUAUCAAUGCGAGACUAGAACCCUAGAUCAGAAAUUAGGGCAUUCUACUCUACAUUUCAAGGUUGCGGCAUCUGCCUAAUCCGUCUGAGGCGAUCAAUCCACUGAGUUUCAGGAAUUUCUCCGGCCCAAUCAGGAGCUGAACCUACGAAGGAGAUCCCACGCAUUGCCUCCAUGACUCUAGUAGCGUUCUCCGGUGUCAACGGCGCAUUCCGUCGGUUCUCGUCUUCCCUGAUAGCUUGAACCACCGUCGAAUUGGACGACUCUGCCACCACCAUCUCCAUCUCUCCCUCCUCCUCCACCACUUGAUUUUCGUCGUCUUCGUCGCUCUUCACGCCGUUGAGAUGGAGAGAUGAGAUCCAGCUCUGCGCUUCGUGAGCGAAACAAUGGCCGUUCUCGAGGAUUCCCGAAUUAGGGGCGUGAUUCGCAUGGUCGGCAGAUUCGUCUUCCUCUUCUUCGUCAUUCUCGUCGGCGUGCGAGAUCGGCUGGUAAUACUCCGGUACCUCAUCGACGCUGGUGUCUGAAUCGCUGCCGGCGUGGUUGCUGUGAUCUACACAGACGAUGGGAGAUGUUGAUGGCGGAAGAAAUGGCAGCUGAUGCUACCUCUGAAUUCAAAGCUAAAAGUCGAUAAGGAUACAAAGAUGAGCAUGGAGAAGAAUACCUUCAAGCGAAACAGAAGAAGCGAGGGAGUUGGCCGCGUU